AUGCGGACUCGCUCCUCGUCGACAUCCUCUCCUCCGGCGAUGUGUACUCGAUCUCGCUCCUCCUCGAUAUCCUCUCCUCCUCCGGCGGCGAAGCCGGCGCGCUCCUCCUCGACAUCCUCUACUCCGGAGGUGAAGCGGCGACGCGGGCGGUCUCCUCCGUCGAGGUUCCCGCCCUGUCCAGCUGCCAUCCGUGGGGAUAGUGGAUUGAUGCUGAUUCUGUUUGAGACGCCCUCAGGCUUUGCAAUUUUCACUUUUUGUGGGUUACUUAUUAGCCGACGAAAUGCUGUGCAGGAAGUAUGGCUUAGCUUCACUGAUGGACGGAAGGCAAAACGUGCUGUUUUCCUGGAAGAGUUUCGAACUUUUAAGGACAAGUCCAAGGCCAUUAAUAAAAGUACUGGUGUCAGCAAAAGGCUUACUGAGAUGAUCACGAACUGUCGCUUCCCUGAGCAGAAAAUUGCUGUUGGAAAGCUUGAAUACAAAAGAAUUAUUGAAGAGAGAUUGAAUAUAGACUGCCUGUACAAUACAGCUGUGAUGGAGGUAAUGUGGGGCAUACAGCAUUGCAUGCCAAGUUUACUGCCUCAAGAAAAAUCACAACUGACAGAAGCGGACUGUCUCCCGAUGAGUCUAGGACUGCACUAUGUAUUGCAACAUUAUGACUGUGAUGUCAACACAGAUAUGGUCGAUGAGCAAAUUGUUGCGACAGCUUCUGCGUUGUUUCAGUGUGAUUCUGUUGAGAAGAAAUAUUCUGGAGCCUUGCGCCGUGCAGGUGACCUCAUUAAGGAUGUUUCUGGCAUCAACUGCAAGGGUUGGACGUUACUGAAAAUUGCAACAGCUCUGAAGAUGAUAUGGUGGCCUGAAUUUGGCGACUCCUGUGAGGUUUCAGAAGAUGAUGUGUCAAGGUUGGUGGCUCAUGCAUAUAUAUAUAACGUUCAUAAGAAUAAAGAUUCUUGUUUGAGAGUCUACAAAGAUAUGGUCGAAGCUCAUGAAAUUAAGACCUCAAAAAAAGAACUACUGAAAUCGUUGGUUGAGCUGGCCAAUAAAACAUAUGAGGCUCAAGGGCCUGAGAAGAAUGUAUAG